AUGUCGACAGGUUCGGUGUUUCUGGUUAUGGUUGGCGGGCAGAUUGAAACUGCAGAGUUUCCUGAGUUUGAUGACAUUUACUGUCGGUAUUGCUUCACAUAUGGCCCCGACUGGGUCAUCACGUCUGGUUUAGAAGAAGGGAUGUCUCAAAUGACAAAGAAGAGUUCUGAUGAAAGACAACAAUUUGUUUGGAAUUUCCCCAUAGAUGUGUCCUUCAAGAGUACAAACCCCUCAGGCUGGCCUCAGCUAAUUGUUCACUGCUAUGGACUGGAUUUCAAUGGUCGAGAAGUUGCUCGCGGUUAUGGUGUCUGUCAUGUGCCUAUCACACCGGGGCGUCAUAAGCGCCGCCUGCCCAUGUUUGUACCAGAAUCCUCCUCCCUGCUGCAGAAGUUCACCAGCUGGAUUUUAGGACGUAGACCAGAGUAUGUGGACCCAAGGGUUGUGUCUCAGGGCGAAGGCAGAGAAGUGACUCGGGUUCGAUCUCAGGGGCAUGUUAUUGUGUCCUUCAACGUUGUGACCAAGGACAUGAAGAAACUGGGUUAUGAUGUCCUCCCAGCAGACAUUUCUAACACCUCUUUGCCUGACACAGUGGGUGUGCCGGUAGCUGCACCCAGCAGUUAGUAUGUCAUCCCCACAGUCUACAUUCCGUCCAGUAUGAGGGGGACAUGCUUCCGUCAGAGAGGAUAUUAAAUGUGUGUUGAAUAUGGCCUUGUUCAUCUUCUAGAUCUGUGUACAUACUCUAAAUGCUCUGCUUUAUUGUUGUACAUUUAUAUGCAUCUGUAGAAACACAAGAGGUACAUGUAUAAGCCAAAACACUUGUUAUGGAUUGAGGGAAGCCCGUGUUAUUAUUUAAGUGUUUUUAAUGUCUUAAAUGUCUUAAGAUAAGCAUGUAACUAUUGCUGUAUGUGUUUUUGGUUUGAGGUCCUAGACAUAAUUCAUUUAAGAACUAAAGUAAAGUCUAGAUAAAAGCAGUUUAUACAAGUAAUGCAUAUUUUAUAAGUAACUUUCUGAUUUGACCUUAAGAUGAUUUCAUCUAUGUCAUCAGAUAUGCUUUAAAGAUAACUUAAGGGAUAACUGUCAGAUGGUCACUAGGAUUCCUAUUUUUAUCUCCCGUUUCUUUCUUAACAUUCAUUUAAAAAGUGUUGCCUGGGAAUAAAUGAAGAAUGUGACCAGACAUGUUGAAUUAUGGAUGUCAUCUGCUUCUGAAGGAAAGGUUAUUGUUUAAGGCCUCUGUUUGUCGGAUUUUUAUAAAAGCAUCCAAGAAACGAAAUUCAAAAGAUGAAAGCCUUUUUUUUGUAUUUUUUCCUCAGAAAUAUUUGUCGUCCGUUUUUUCUUGCAUGAAAAUGAUUUUUAUACACCUGGGUCUAGUAGAGCAUCAGAAGAUUGAAGAUUGGAAGUCAUGUAAUGUAUUUUAACAAAGACCUUGGUGAUGUAUUUGCCUGUAUGACUCUUUCCAUUGUUGAGGUUGUAAGGUUAGAUUUGGCGGUGUGUUCCUGUUAAAAUCUAAUGGCCUUUGUACAGUUGCUUAUACACUGUUUGUCUUUAUUGAUGGAAUAGCUUCUUCUUUAACACAAGUUCACCCUGAUAUACAGUUGAUGCUUGAGAUGGCCUGUGCAUUCCAUAUCUUGUGAUUGUUAUAAAUCCUCUGAGUAUGUUUGCCGUUAUUGCGGGAUUUUGCACACCUGUUUCUGAUUGUAAUGAUUACAAAUAAAUGUCGGAACAGCAUUGAAUCUGUUAGAAUCAACCCAUUUGGUUGCAGGUAUAUGCAGAUAUCCGCACGCUUUGUUUCAUGUUGAUUUGAUUGUAGAUCUACCUUGACCGCUUGAGGAAACUGGUAGAUGGUUGCCAUUUUCCUUUUGUUUGCGGUUUCGCAUUACAGUUUAUCUUGAUACAGUUAAAUGCCUAGCGCUCAGUUGAUCAACAAAUUAUGUAAAGUAUCGAGGGACCCAGAUAUAAGGAUAACAAACCAAGCAGAAAUUGUUCUGACAGCAUUCUAUAUUCAUUUACUCGUUCGGGAUAAUACGUCAUGAGUCACUUAAUGUUGCUAUUUUACAUGAACAAUCAGUUAGUAUUUCACUGAUAAGAGCAACCCAUAUUGAAGGGUUGUAGGCUUACAUGAAGAUUGAAUUGGUGUUAAGAUGUUACAGCUUUUGGGCUUUUUAGCCCAAACCGAUGCUAGAACCAGUGGAUUUUGCUAUGUUGCGUACUCGUCACCACAAAUUGCGGGAUAAUAUGCCUGUAUUGUUGUAGGAGAUGGACAAAGCCAUAUUCCAGACCUGUUGAUGUUGCGAUGUUACCUCUCAUUAAUAGCCCAAAACUGAGAAUCAGUUCAUGUUGCAAUGUUACAUGAACAGUCAAUUCAUAUUUCACUGAAGUGUAGUCCAAAUUGAGGGAUGAUGGGCCUACAUGAAGAGUGAAUUUGUGAUCCGAUGUUACCUAAACUGAUGGAUAAGAUACCAAUAAUCAAUAUUUUAUUUUUGUCAGCAUCCCUGCAUGCCCAGAUAUCUCGGCAACCUCAGGAAUAAUACAUGAAACACCAGUGCACGUUCCGGGGUUAUGUGCCCUGUCAUGUGAGACUGCGAAAUAGCCAACGACUUCAGGCGAUAGGUCAUGCUACUUUUGUUUUCUUCCUACAUUGUUUUUUUGUCAGCAUCCCUGGUGGCCCACGUAUAUCAGCAACCUUACGAAUAUUACACGAAAUGCCAGCGGAUAUAACGGUGUUACGUACCCACUCACCCAAGUCUCCGGAUAAAAUAUUCCCAAGUCGUGACUCCGACGUUGAGUCCGGAAGUCGCCAGCUUGUCUCCAGUUUUUUUAAAAGACCUUAGAAUGAAAUCGCAAGAGACUCACCAUUCCUAGUUUAAUGGGCUAUCGGUGUCAAGCACGUGUCAACCAUCAAGCCAUUUAAAGAAGUAAAAUGUAAGUCGCCGUUGUUUACGAUAGAUUGGGUAAUCAAGUGCUUAACGUCUCUGCCGUUGGUACACAAUGCAACCUCUAGAUAGCGGAUCAGACCGUCAGAUCAGAAACGGCCCCGGGCAAUAGGGCUUCGUGCUCAAGCAUUUAAAAUACGUCAUUUUUGAUCAUACAGGUCUGUCUUCGUACUGUUGACAUGUUCCUUCGCCUUGGGUUCCAUCCAUUGGUAUUUUGCAAAAAAAUAUAUAUGCACUCCUUCACCCAUAAACCUGGCCAAGAAAAAUUCAUCCAGAAAUGCCCAAAUAAAUAGGUACAAAAGAACAUACUCUACACCUUAUAGCAAUGUUGAGAUAUUUCUGAUAGGGCAUUUGUUUACUUAACCUCCCGUUGCACAAAAGUGUUCUUGUGCGAAUAUCCUCAAACAGUGGUUUCCUUCACCUUCGGUUCCACGGAAGCUUUUCCUCCAUAAGAAUGCACCUCUUGCAUCUUGUCAGUGUUUGGUGAUUUCCACGAGUCACAAUAUGAUGACACCGAGCUCACCAGUUGUAUUUUGCCUAUUCCCCGUAUGUUGACAAAAUGCUAAAAUGUCAUGUUAUGCCAGAGGCUUCAGUAGCUUUCGUCAAGAGAUUACCAGUGAUAAUCUGUGUGUACGGUAUAUUCUAUAACUGCUUAUUUGUAUGAACUGUGUGAGUCUCAGUAGUGUCCAUCGAGUUUCAGUAGUCCGUCAAAUGAUAAUCUGUUUGUUUUGUUGUUUUAUAUAACGGCUUAUCUGCGAACAUGUAAAGGUAGCCAUGCCACAAGUUUCAGUAGCGUCCAUCAAGAAAUUACGAGUGAUAAUCUGUUUGUACAGUAUAUGCUAUUACAGCUUAUCUGCGAACCUGCAAAGGUAGACAUGCCAAUGGAGUCAGUAUCGUCCGUUAAGAAAUCACGAGUGAUGAUCUGUUUGUACUGUAUGUUCUAUAACAGCUUGUCUGUGAGGCGAUAGAGGUAUAGCCACAUCAGUGUGUUAUUCAUGUGGCAUUGGGUCAUAGUUUGGCUUUAUA